GGAGAGGGGACACUUGGGGCACUCCGAAAGCUCCAGCAAGCGGGCAGAACCGUGCAGAAUUGCACGGUAGGUAACGGAAAACAGAGGCGAGCAACAGCCCACUGCCCACCUCCGGUGUCGCUAUGGUGUUGAGUCUGUUCAUCAGCUCAGUCCCCAUUGAAAAAUCUCGGCUGAUGCCCUCGCGGUGCCAUCCGGGACCCUCAAGACCCCCAUUGAGAACCCAUCUGAGUCACCUCAUCGAAGCUCAAUAUGGGUGAUUGCUCUCGUGGGCAUGAACUGAGCAUAAUUGAAUCAUCGAAAAAUUUUCGUUUAUCCAUCGCAAUCUCGUAGCCUUCCUUGGCCAAGUCGGGAAGGGCAGGGAAGAGCAGAGCAGACACAGUCAAGUCAGCCAGCCAAUGUCUCCAGCAGAAUCACACGCCUGUGUCUGGUGUCUGAAUGUCUUGGGUCCUUUAGUCUUGGAGGCUUGUCUUGUCCUCUGUAACCUACAGCCUACAGCAGUAGGCCUAGAGAGCAGUGAGAGCUCACUGAAAGGACCGGGCACCUCUUUGAUCUCUGCAUUGGAUCUCCACUCCUCUUGCUAUUGCUGGCACUCCCUCUCUAACACUCCCUAAGGGUGAGACACCCAGGUGUGUCUGUCCAUCACACACCCAGUUGAAACGAGAGCAACCCACACCCGGCGGGCGUCCCAUCAGAGUCCAAGGUGGACCAAUUUUUCCUGGCAUUGAGAGCGGCAAGGUGCCCCCACCUGUCUGCAAAACUCCACCAAGACCAGUACGUAUGGAUGGAGCAGUGGUGUGCCUUGGUACCCUCCUCCACGAAUUCCUAGGCAAUGUACCUCUAGCGCCAUCCUGGUCGUGCAACUGAUCAUC